AUGUGUGUUGCAAUAGGCGUAUUCUUUCUCCUUACCGUACAAACCUGGAUUGCUGUCAUGCAGCAGCCUCAAUAUGGGAGUAAAAACCGUCGCAUGCUUCUUUUUUACAUCUUCAUCACAUUCGCAUUGGGGACGGUAUCCUUUGCUGCGAAUGUGAAAUAUACGGAGAUGGUUUGGAUAGACCUUCGUGAUGCACCUGGUGGCCCGGCCGCUCUGAUCGAGAAUUCACUGAACUAUCGUAUUAACGUUCUGGCGAUGUUCACUGGUCAUAUUCAAGAGUGGUUUAUGCAAGCUCUGCUCCUUCACCGAUGUUUCGUGAUAUGGAAUUGGGCAAGAUGCGUGAUGAUCCCGAUGGUCACACUUUAUAUUGCCAUGAUUGCGCUGUCUAUCUGCAGCAUCAUCCAGGCGAGUACCGGUGUCGUAUAUUAUAGUAUCAACGUCAUAGUUGCCUAUCUCUGCAUCGAAGUGGGGCUCAGUGUCAUUUAUACCAUUCUCGUGGCGAAUCGUUUGCUCGCCAUGCGAAGGCUGAUGAAACGGGUCAUGGCCCAACACGAUACCAGUGCCUAUGACACCGUCGUCCUCAUGGUCAUCGAGUCCGCGGUGUUAUACUCUACCUUCGCUAUGAUUUUCAUAGUUGCAUUUGCUCUACAUCUGCAAAGUGUCUCUACUCUUUGCUUCCUCUGUAUCAACUCAAUUCAGGGUAUUGCCCAAAUAUUCAUCAUCCUUCGUGUUGCACGGGGGCUGGCAGUUACACACGAAUGGUCGAGCCUAGUUGCCUGCAGCACCCACGACUAUAGUAUGCUCAGAGUUUGUAUCGGAUAA